GAAUUUCAUUUCUUCCACUAAAGCGUUUGCGGAGACUUCAAGGUAUAAUCUAUCCCAGAUCCUUUCCCAGAGAGAAACUUGGCGAUCACGUUUUCACAUGAUGCUCACGCUCAGGGCGCUUCAAUUAUCCCUCCCCACAAAGAUAGGUGGCGCGUGUUUCAGGGUCUCUCUCUCUCCUACAGAAAAGAAAAAGAAAAAAAUGUCAUUAGAAGAGGCGUAACACGUCAGUCCGUCCCCAGGUUUGUGUUUCCUGGAGUGGCCGAAAGAGAUCAGUUCUAACCUGCUCCGCAGGAAUAACGGUCCUGCCUCCCGACACUCUUGGCGAGGUUUUGUACAGUUUGCUCCGGGAGCUGUUUCUUCGCUUCCACCUUUUUCUCCCCCACACUUCGCGGCUUCUUCAUGCUUUUUCUUCUCACCAUUUCUGGCCAAAACUACAAACAAGACUUCGCAGAUCGAGCCUGCGUGCUGCCGAAGCAGGGCGCCGAGUCCAUGCGAACUGCCAUCUGAUCCGCUCUUAUCAAUGAAGCAGCCGAUCAUGGCGGAUGGCCCCCGGUGCAAGAGGCGCAAACAAGCCAAUCCCAGGAGGAAAAACGUGGUGAACUAUGACAAUGUAGUGGACACGGGUUCUGAAACCGACGAGGAGGACAAGCUUCAGAUUGCUGAAGAGGACGGGAUUGCUAACCCUCUGGACCAGGAGAGGAGUCCAGCUAGCGUGCCCAACCAUGAGUCCUCCCCUCACGGGAGCCAGGCUCUAUUGCCAAGAGAGGAAGAGGAAGAUGAGAUAAGAGAGGGUGGAGUGGAACAUACCUGGCACAACAACGACAUUCUCCCAGCCUCUGUAGAUGGUCCAGAAGAAAUGAAGGAAGACUAUGACACUAUGGGGCCGGAAGCCACGAUCCAGACCACAGUUAACAAUGGUACAGUUAAGAAUGCAAAUUGCACAUCAGACUUUGAGGAAUACUUUGCCAAAAGAAAACUGGAGGAACGCGAUGGCCAUGCAGUCAGCAUCGAAGAGUACCUUCAGCGCAGUGACACAGCCAUCAUUUACCCAGAAGCCCCUGAGGAGCUGUCUCGCCUUGGCACGCCAGAGGCCAAUGGGCAGGAAGAAAAUGACCUGCCACCUGGAACUCCAGAUGCUUUUGCCCAACUGCUGACCUGCCCCUACUGCGACCGGGGCUACAAGCGCUUGACAUCACUGAAGGAGCACAUCAAGUACCGCCACGAGAAGAAUGAAGAGAACUUUUCCUGCCCUCUGUGUAGCUACACGUUUGCCUACCGCACCCAGCUCGAGCGGCAUAUGGUGACGCACAAGCCAGGGACAGAUCAGCACCAAAUGCUGACCCAAGGAGCAGGUAAUCGCAAGUUCAAAUGCACAGAGUGCGGCAAGGCCUUCAAAUAUAAACACCAUCUGAAAGAACACCUGCGAAUUCACAGUGGUGAAAAACCGUACGAGUGCCCCAACUGCAAGAAACGUUUCUCCCACUCUGGUUCCUACAGUUCACACAUCAGCAGCAAGAAAUGUAUUGGCUUAAUCUCUGUAAAUGGCCGGAUGAGAAACAAUAUCAAGACGGGUUCUUCCCCUAAUUCUGUUUCUUCUUCUCCUACUAAUUCAGCCAUUACCCAGUUAAGAAACAAAUUGGAGAAUGGAAAACCACUUAGUAUGUCUGAACCAACAGGCUUACUUAAAAUUAAAACAGAACCACUAGACUUCAAUGACUAUAAUAAAGUUCUUAUGGCCACACACGGGUUUAGUGGCACUAGUCCCUUUAUGAAUGGUGCCCUUGGAGCCACCAGCCCUUUAGGAGUUCAUCCGUCUGCUCAGAGCCCGAUGCAGCACUUAGGUGUAGGGAUGGAAGCCCCUUUACUUGGAUUUCACACGAUGAAUAGUAAUUUAAGCGAGGUACAAAAGGUUCUACAGAUUGUGGACAACACAGUUUCCAGGCAAAAAAUGGACUGCAAGGCUGAAGAAAUUUCCAAGUUGAAAGGUUAUCACAUGAAGGAUCCAUGCUCUCAACCUGAGGAACAAGGAGUUACUUCUCCUAAUAUUCCACCCGUAGGUCUUCCAGUAGUGAGUCAUAAUGGUGCCACUAAAAGUAUUAUCGACUACACGUUAGAAAAAGUCAAUGAAGCCAAAGCUUGCCUCCAGAGCUUGACUACUGACUCAAGGAGACAGAUCAGUAACAUAAAGAAAGAGAAGCUACGUACUUUAAUAGAUUUGGUCACUGAUGACAAAAUGAUUGAGAACCACAACAUAUCCACUCCAUUCUCCUGCCAGUUCUGUAAAGAAAGUUUUCCUGGCCCCAUUCCUUUGCAUCAGCAUGAACGUUACCUUUGUAAGAUGAAUGAAGAGAUCAAGGCAGUCCUACAACCCCAUGAAAACAUAGUCCCCAACAAAGCCGGAGUUUUUGUUGAUAAUAAAGCCCUCCUCUUGUCAUCUGUACUUUCUGAGAAAGGAAUGACAAGCCCCAUUAACCCGUACAAGGACCACAUGUCUGUACUU